ACUCGCUGUUUACGGUUUAAAUACUUUUAACAGCAUUAUCUUCAUUCGUUUUGAGCAUACCGAUUUUAUGACUUCAUUGUAACUGAGAAACAAAUAUUUGUAACUACUUGUUCAAGUUAACUUGGCAGACUACAGAAACAUAAAAAAUGUAAAAGAAAUGUUAAUCAUAUCAUCAAAUAUUAAUGUCUUAUUAAUAUUUAAAGAAAUAUUGUUAAAAAUGCCAAAUAUACUGUAUAAAAAUUAAAACAGAUAAGCAUCAAAAUCAUUCAGUCAUCAUUGUUAACAAAAAACUGACAGGUAAAUUUGAAAUUGUUGUUGUUUAGGUGGUGAGUGUAGAAGUGGAACUGUUCAGACUGGUGGAUCUGUUAUUUUUCCUUGUCAUUAUGAAACUAAAUACACCCAACACAAGAAAUACUGGUGCUAUAAUAAAAAUCCAACAUACAGUUCAUGUUCUCCUCUGGCAUAUGCAAAUGAAACAAAAGGAGACGUGUCAGUAAUUGAUCAUCCUGAUCAGAGUUUAUUUACUGUCACUAUGAGAGACCUGCAGCAUCAAAACACUGGAUAUUACUGGUGUGCUGUGGAAAAUGAAGAAGACAUGACUGUUACAGAGUGGUUUAACAUCACAAUCCAAUCGGUUCCUGAUCUCUCUGUGAUGUCCAGCAAUGUAACUGUAGAUGAAGGUGGUAAUAUCAGUCUACAGUGUCUCUACACUUCUACAUAUAAGAAUAAAACAAAACAGUGGUGUAGAUAUAAAGAUAAGGGCUGUUACACAGUGGGAAGAUCUGACACAUCCCAGAAUGCAUCAGUUAAGAUCAGUGAUGAUGGGAGAGGAUCUUUGACUGUGGUGAUGUCUGGACUGAUGAAAAGUGAUUCUGGCUGGUAUUACUGUUCUGUAGGAGAUCUACAGGUUCCUGUUCAACUCUCAGUCACUGCAGUGAUCACAGACCGCACGUCAAUGAAAGACAUACAGUAUGAUGAUCUGAAGAUGUGGCUUCUACCCAUCGCUCUGCUGCUGAUUCUGGUUACUGUGACAUCUAUAAUACUGAGAAACAAACACAGUCAGUAUUACAUUACAUUUGUAUUCAUGCAUUUGGCAGAUGCUUUAACCCAGAGCAACUCAUGCCAUUCACUGGAGAAAUAA